CUGGGUAUGCGUGGACCCGUUCUCCCGUAACCAGUUGUGAAAGUUGCGUCAACUGCGGGACAGAAUUCUAGCGAAAAUAUUUUUUUAAAAUAUAUAGUUUCGAUUUUGAAGCAGUGGAGCUAUUUAAAGAGUGCCACAAUUCAGCAGGCGUGUGUUAUAUUUGUUGGAAACUGGGAGAAGGUGGCUGUGGAGCGGGGAGAAAAAGUUUUUGAAACUUUUCUGAAGUUUGUUCCAGAGUUUCCUCCCCCGAUCAAUGACGGAGUGUGAAUGAGCGGCUCGCCCUACAGCAUCGGCGGCUCCUGUCACCGCGAUGUCCCUGGACAGAGGCGAUCCUGCUGCCGCCUUGGAGCCGGGGCCGCCCGGAGACCUCCGCAAGUGGAGAGAAUUGGUCUGCAGCCGGGAGGAGGGCAACCGGGCGGCGGCGAUGGAGCGAGCAGCCCGCACCGUGCACGCCUGCCUUGACCAGCAGCAGCAGCAGCCGCCCGGGCGAGAGGCGAGGGACCAGCUCCAGCUCCAGCUCCAGCUCCAGCAGCUCCUCCUGCUCCUGCUCCGGCUCUCACGGAGCUGCCCCUUCCCCGAUGUCCGAGAGAGGAGUGAGCACAUCCUGCAGACCGUGCUGGAUCGCAGAGUAAAAAUACCUCGCCCGUUAGGACAAGGUCCAAGUGCCUUCAUUCCAGUCAAAGAGAUUCUGCAGAAAGACCUAGAAGAUGCCGAAAGACAGAUCUUUAUUGAAGCCUUCGUCUCCACUGGUCGUGUAGAUAAUGUUACCAUGGUGAUGGGCAUGCACUCACAGUACCUUGAAAGUUUUUGGAAAACACAAUACUAUCUUUUACAGAUGGAUGGUCCUUUACCAUAUCAUUAUAGACAUUACAUUGCAGUGAUGGCUGCUGCACGACAUCAGUGUUCAUACCUUGUCAGCCUCCAUAUCAAUGAGUUUCUUCAGGUCGGUGGAAAUCCCGAGUGGUUAAAUGGCCUCAACUUUGUACCUCAGAAAAUGAGGACUCUCAAUGAAAUCAACAAAAUCCUCGCACAUCGACCAUGGCUGAUCACCAAAGAACAUAUUGAGAAUCUGCUGAAGACUGGUGAGAGUAGCUGGUCACUCGCUGAACUCAUCCAUGCUGUCGUUCUUCUCUCACAUUACCAUUCCCUGGCAUCAUUCGUUCUAGGCUGUGGCAUCAGGCCAGAGCUGGACCAGGAUGGCGGCUACACCUUCGGACCUCCUUCUCCACAAAGCUGUGACUCUGACAGUGCUAGUAACAGUGGGUCAGAGGAGGCUGUUAAUGGCAAUGCAAGCAGAGAUGGUUUACAGGAGCUGGAGGUUCUAAUAGAGAAAAUGAAACUGCUGCAGGAAGGCAGACAGGAUGAGGAAGCGAGCCAGGAGGAGAUGGCAACACGAUUUGAAAGGGAGAAGAGGGAAAGUUUGCUGGUUGCACCUGCAGCAGAUGACAAUGAAUCACUCUCACCAACCAAUUUAUCAUGCUUUGUUGAAGAUGCAGAUUUUGGGUACAAGGAUUUUAGCAGGCGUGGGGAGCAGACUCCUCCAACAUUCCGGGCCCAGGAUUACUCCUGGGAAGAUCAUGGCUACUCUCUGAUUAACCGACUGUACCCUGAAGUUGGGCAGCUCUUGGAUGAGAAGUUUCAAGUUGUGUACAAUUUAACCUAUAAUACUAUGGCCAUGCACUGCGAUGUCGACACCUCCAUGUUGAGACGAGCCAUUUGGAAUUACAUUCACUGUGUAUUUGGCAUAAGAUAUGAUGACUAUGAUUAUGGAGAGGUCAACCAGCUUCUGGAGCGCAGCUUGAAGAUUUAUAUAAAAACUGUUGCCUGCUAUCCUGAGAAAACGACCAAGAGAAUGUAUGUAGGUUUCUGGAGACACUUCCGACAUUCAGAAAAGGUGCAUAUAAACCUUCUCCUUCUCGAAGCCAGAAUGCAAGCUGCGCUCCUGUAUGCGUUGAGGGCUAUUACACGCUACAUGACAUGAUCCUGUCGAAGCUUUCAGGACUGGCCCCAUUGGAAAGCAUCUAUUGACUUGCUUCACCUGAAGUGAGCAGCCGUGUGCAAUUCAGCAGAUUUCUAAUAUUUGACCUUUGUCUUUUUUU